GCCAAAUGGAAGAGCAAGUGAAGGCCAGUAAGGGCACCGAAACAGAAAAAGUUAUUAGCCUGUCAAGUUCAAAAUAAUGUUUAUAUUUUGUGAAAGGGUUUCAAGUGGUGUUUUAAAAGUGAUAAUACACAAGUUUUUUAGAGAGAUUUAUUUUCAGACAAUUAAUGUUUCCCAAUGUUGACAUUAAGAAAACUAUUUUAGUAACUGCUUUAAGAUCCAAAAUCGCUUAAACUUUAGCUAUUUGACAAUACUCUUGUAAAUAUAGAACUCAAAUUGUUUUAUUUUUCUAAUUUGGAAAGAUGUGGAAAUUACAAAAUUUAAUCGAUGGCACCGAGAUAACAAUCAAUAAGACUGCCUUAACAAUCGGAAGAAAUGUUUCAGCUGAUAUCAGAAUAGAAAAUAUUAGAGUAUCUAGAAAUCAGGCUACUAUUUUUUAUCACAUAAAUAAAAAUCUAUUUGUGACUGAUCAUAAGAGUACAAAUGGAACAUUUGUCAAUGAUAAAAAAGUAACAGCUGCAACUUUAGAAGAUGGAGAUACAAUUUCAUUCGGAGGCGACUCCAAAAUGGUGCGAGAUCCCGGAUUUCAAAAAUGCCCUUUUCUCUUUAAAGUUAUUAAAAAUGAAUCUACGCAGCCGGUGCCUGCUGAAACAGCAGAAAUGGAUAGUACAAUAGCUACGACUUCAAAUUUCAACAGUAACGAAACCAAUUCUUCCAGUAACAAUGUGAAAACCUGCAAUAACGUUGAAAGUAGCGUCGAAAAUAAUUCAUCCAAGAUGACUCCGUUUUCAGACGUUGUAAUUGUCUGCGAAGGGACACAUCGCGAUAAUGGCAGUAAUAGCAAUAGUACAGUAAUUCCAGGUAAAAAUAAUAAUCCUUUUUCGAUGAAUGAAAAGGAAGAUUACAUCAUAAUAUCUGAUGGAGAAGAUGAUGACGAUAUACCGUGCAGUCAAUUUUAUCAAAUUUCUCAACACAUUAAAAAAGAAUCCGUUCAUGGUGAAAAUGAUCACAUCUUUCAAGUAAUCAAAGAAGAGCUCGAGUAUUUUGAUAGUAGAGAGGAAGUAGUUGUUGAUUUAACAAAUGAUGUCGAACCUAUUGUAAAUACUCAGGAUUUACUAAACCUUCUGGAAUGCCCAAGCAAUGCCAGUGCCUCUGGCAAUAUUGAAAAUUCAGAUCAAUUCAAAACAGACGCUAUUGAACCACCAAUUUCAAAAGAGAUUAAUGCCAGUAUUAUUAAUGUACCUGUUACUGAAGAGGAACAAAUAUUCAAAGUUCCAAGCAACCCUAUAGAACCAUUUGAAGGUUGUUCAAGGAUGUCAAAGCCACCUUUAAUAGAACCUCAUACAAUAGAAUCUAAGCGAAGAAAACAACCUAGUAAAAGAAAAUCUAUUGAAGUUGAAAUGAAAUCAAGCAAAAAAGGUGAAAAUGCAAAGAAAGUCAAAUUGAAUGUAUCCAAUAGAAAUAAAAAUAUAGAACUGCAGCAACUGAGAAAGCAGAAGUUGAAAGAACUUGUUUGCAAAACGUCUGAAGAUCCAAAAAUCGUUAAAAAUAAUUUAGAUAAUGGUAAUUUAGAGGAAGAAUUUUUAAGUCCGCAAAAAUUAAAAUUUUCUAAUAUUAAAUAUACAUCAAUCGAUCCAGGAAGCAGUUCUUCGAAAUCUUCACUUCAUGAUAAUAAAAAAACGUCAUCAUCACGGAAUAACCUGCCAUCAACAAAUAAUUUACCUUCGAGUAUUAAUAAUAAAGGAAAAAAGCCUAAUUUGCCAUUAGCUGAAGAUGAAAAUCAAUUUAUAUGGAACAAAUUGCCUAAUCGAGAGAUACGUCCUCCUGUGACAAAUCACUUUAUAAUGAACGUAGACAAUUACAUAUUCGAUAUACUCCAAUGGAACGUUGGUUGGCUGCUGCAACAAAGAGAUAUCGACAUGACUCCUCCAGUUAAUAUGAAUAAUCCGUAUUAUUUCGUCCCUAAAAAAUUUAACGACUUUGAUCAUUACGUAAACGUAUUCUUGCCAUUGAUUAAGUUGGAAAUUUGGCAAACGAUUUUUCAUAUGACUUUUAAAAAUGAUGAUAGUGCUUGGGACAUUGGUUUAAAACUUGUUAGGAAGAAUAAUAAAGUAUGGUUUCUAGAUUGUGAAUAUGAAUGUGGUUUAAACGAAAUCACUUUAAGAAAUGAAGAUUUUUGCCUGUUGCAGGUGAAACUGAAAGACUCCAGCAAUUAUUAUAUGUACACUUGUUUUGCAUAUGUAAAAUCUGUACAGGAUUCUAAAAGACUAAAUAACAACGGAAAAAGAACUGUAAAAAUAACUCUAAUCGUAAAGGACUUAUUAAAGGAAAUACAUGGAGAAUGUCUUAAAAUUAAAGUAUGCGCCAAUAUUGGAUUCUACGUGAAACUUAUGAAAACUGUCAAAUAUCUUAAAUCUUCAUCUAUCUGCCACUAUGUUUUAAAUCCGAUCGAACUUGCACAUACAAUGCCCAUAACAUCUAGUAUAAAGAAUUCUGACCAUUUAAUCAAACUUCAAAGUGAUAUAAGUAAUAUAGCUUCCAACAUGGCUCUGAGAAAUUCUCCGGGUUUUUACUUAAUAAAUGGUCCGCCCGGAACUGGCAAGUCAUCGGUAAUUGUGAAAAUAGUAUUAGAAAUCCUAAAUAAAUCUAAAAUAAACAAAUGUGAACCGCGCAUAUUAUUGACGGCGCCUUCUAAUGCAGCAAUAGAUGGUUUAUUAGUGAAAUUGAAUCAUGCAAGAGAAGCGAGCGAGAAAGGCCUAAUAAGGACAGUAAGAGUGGGCCCACAUUCGAGCAUAAGUUCACUGGCGAAUAAAUUUUCCCUUAAAUUUCUAACCCAGAAGGAGAUAAUAAAAGAGAAACAUUUAGUUCAAUUACCGGAUUACAAGAAAGUUUUCCAUAAUCAAAUGUCUCAGGAUGAUUUUUUGAGGAACACCUUAGGCAAUCAAUAUGCAUACGAGUAUGGUAUUAGAGAGAACAAGAUUCUAAUCGGAGCAAAUAUAAUCUGCACGACAUUGAGCAGCUGCAUAAAUUACAUUUUAGCUCGAAAAAACAAUUUGAAAUAUACGUGUUGUAUCAUAGAUGAAGCCACCCAAUGCAGCGAAAUAGAGUGCUUGUUACCAAUACAGUUAGGGAUCAAUAAAUUUAUUUUGGUAGGAGAUCCUCAGCAAUUAGCUGCCGUUGUUAUUAACCAAGAUGCCCACAAGUACGGAUUUGGUAAAUCGUUAUUUUCUCGAAUAAUGGAUAAUAUCGGCGACCAACACGACGUGCCUAAAGAAAAAUAUCCCAUAAGUUUGCUCAAUGUUCAAUAUAGGAUGAAGCAAGAAAUUUGCAAUUAUCCUAAUAGAGCAUUUUACGGUGGAAAAUUGAAAACUUCCCAUACCUGCCGUAAUCCGAUCAUACCUCUUUUGAAGCCCUAUAUGUUAUUCAGUUUAACACAAGUUUCAAAUAACGAUGAAUACACAAACUUAGAAGAAGUAAAUUUAAUUAAAACUAUAUUGGAAACUCUUAAAAAUACCGUUAAAGAAGAGUGCCGAUAUUCAAUUGGAAUUAUAACACCAUAUAAUGCACAAAAGGAUUUAAUUAUACAAGACGUUAAAGCUAUCAAAUUUAACUCGAAUGUGAAUAUAUUUAUUAAUACGGUAGACAGUUUUCAAGGAGCUGAGAGUGACAUAGUUAUUAUAUCUUGUGUUAGGUAUAAUACAAACUAUUUUUUGGACAAUAAAAAUAGACUAAAUGUAGCUCUAACUAGAGCUAAGCAAGCAUUAUAUGUUUUAGGAAACUACACCCUUUUUAAGCAAUGUCCUGAACUGUAUAAGUUGAGGGAAGACGCGAAAGAACGUAAAUGCUUAUUGGACAUUAAAACAAAUUUAAAAGACAUUCCAACGAUUCGGAGUUACAUUGUAAUGUAGUAUUUAAGUAAUAAUCUCUGUGAAUUUGCCAUUUAGUUUAUAAUGUACUAUUUAAUAAAAGAAAUAUUUUGUUAAAUUUC